UAUUCGAGCAAUCGAGUAUUUCGAUAUUCGAUAUCGUCCACCUGUAGCGCGCUCUAGUAGCGCGGAAUUCGACUGCGACGCCAUAUUGAAAACUUAUUUUCUUUCUGUUCUGAGAGCGGGUCUCGUCAAUUUCGUGUUAUUUUCUCGUGUUCCUAGUUAUGUUAUUCGUUAUUAUGAGUUUUAUCCGUUUUAUCAAUUUUUUAAAUCCAUCUGACAGCCUAUUGAGGCUACCAGAUCUGCCAGAACAUCAUUUUGAACUGCGCGGCAAAGACGGUACGACUUGCGACGUCACUCGAUUCUCAGCGCUGCCGCUUCGACACAAUUUAUUAUCAUUAUCGCAACCGUAAAGUUUCGAAUAUUCGAAUAAUCGCAUGCAUUCAAAACUUUCAACUUUAUAUACGUCCCUAGUGUAGUGGUGUCCCCGAAGCUUUGAGUUUUUUGCCUUUCAUGUCAAUUGCAAGGCAUUGGAAUGAUAGUUUUCAAAAGAAUCAACGUUCAUCCAGGAUCUCUCGUCCGAAGAUCUGCUAUCUCCGGUUUUGAGGAAGGAAGUUCAUGUCUCAAAUGUUUCAUGAACAGUUGUCGAUGGAAAUCAACUAAUCAGCGUCAACUUAAAUCAAAAUGGCAAAGUGUGGUCGGCCUGGAAGUUCAUGCUCAAAUCAAUUCAAAGUCAAAAUUAUUCUCUGAUGCUGAAAUUGACUUUAUGGCUCGACCCAACACAAGAGUCUCACUGUUCGACGCUGCCAUCCCUGGAACUUUACCUGUACUGAACAAAAGAUGUGUGGAAGCAGGCGUUCGAGCUGCUUUAGCUCUCUCCUCCACCAUCAAUCCUGUGUCUCUUUUUGACAGGAAACACUAUUUCUAUUCUGAUUUACCGGCUGGUUACCAAAUCACACAGCAGAGGUUACCUUUAGCACAAGGUGGCCAUUUAGAAUUUGAAGUGUUCACUCAAGGCAUUCAUGAUAAACCUUACAUGAAGUCAUGUCAGCUAACUCAACUUCAGUUGGAGCAAGAUAGUGGUAGAUCUCUUCACGAAGAGGAAAAAUCCAGGACGUUAAUUGAUUUGAAUCGAGCGGGAAUCCCUCUUAUAGAACUUGUUUUUGCGCCUGAUCUCAAUGAUGGAGAGGAGGCUGUAGCCAUGGUGAGAGAGUUGUGUCGGAUUUUAGAAGUCCUUGACGUCUGCUCAGGCAAAAUGGAAGAGGGAGCUCUGAGAGUAGAUGCCAACGUCUCUGUUCGCCAGAUAGGUUCAUCAGAGCUGGGAGUCCGGAGCGAAGUGAAAAACAUUGGUGGUAUAAGAAGUGUAGGCAAUGCUAUCCAUUUUGAAGUCAAGCGACAUAUAAGUAUCCUUGAAAGUGGUGGUACAAUCGUCAAUGAAACUCGAUUUUGGGACCCACAAUCCAACAAAACUUACCCGAUGCGAGACAAAGAAGUUGAUCAGGAUUAUCGUUUUAUGCCAGAGCCCAAUUUACCCCCUCUAAGAGUUGACUUAAGUGGCAAUCUCUCAGACCCAGACAUAGUGAAUGUACCAAAUAUAGAAGCACAACUACCAGAGCUACCGCGAGAAACAAGACUGCGGCUGAAAGAGCACUUCAAACUUCCGGGGCCAGUUGUGACAGCUCUAAUGAGUGAUUCAAAACUUCUGCGAUACUUUUUAGACAUUACUUCCGAAGAUUCGAAUCGUAAUCCAAAAACAGUAGCAAAUGUCGGGACAAUUGAAUUAAACUAUGUUUUAAACAAAGCAAAUAUCAAAACAGAAUACUGUAAUUUAGAAUCAACCACUUUAGGAGAAAUUGUUGAUCUACUUCAAAGUGGCACAAUCAAUCUCCCUACAGUGAAGAAAUUACUUUUUGAAUUGAUAGUUAAUAAUUCCUCCAAGACUCCAACGCAGCUUGUGGAGGACAACCAGUGGCAACAAAUAACUGAACCUGAAAAAAUAGCUGAAAUAUGCCGGAAAGAAAUAGCAGGCAGCGAAGAUCUAGUCGCUUCCUAUAAAGUCCCAAAAAAGAAAGAUGCCAGCUUUAAUAAGAUGAUGAAAAAUAUUGCCGAAUCUUCUGGAGGGAGAGUGAAUAUGAAGCUUGCUGUCACCAUCAUGAGAGAGCUUCUAGACGGCAACAAGUAAUAACUAAAUCAAGAUGAAGUUUGCAGAGCAUCUGUCCGCCCACAUCACUCCGGAAUGGAGGAAGCAGUACAUAAAUUAUGAUGUAA